AUGGAGCAUUACCUUAGCACCUGCUCCAAAGCUACCAGUGAUGCCGCCACCAGGAAGGCCAUUAGCAGCCUGACUAAAGAAAUCCAGCAGUGCGGAGAUGCCGUGCACAAAACCCACUUUCCAGGUAUUGGAGCGUGUGAGCUACUGGAUCUGCCUCUUGCAGUGAAGCUGCCUGUGAUCCCCGGGAGCAAUAAUUUGUACUAUACGACGAAGUUAAAUGAAAAGCUUUUUCGACCUUCAUAUGGCUUUAACCUGACUGACCCUUAUUGUCGACUUUUGGACAACCAGUAUAAUAGUCUCCAUGAUCCACAUUUAAGAGCAUACCAUUCACGCAAAGAUAUUCGGAGGAGAUUAAAGGAAGGAGGCUACAUAACCAGGAAUAAUGAAGUUGUAUGUAACUUGUUGGAGUUUAACAAGUACAGGCAAUAUCUUACGACUCUGAAAUUGGACUUUGAAAAGCACUACUUAAAAGAACAAAAAAUGCUUGCAAAACAAAUAAAUAAACUACAAGAAAACAAUCAAAUACCUGGAAUUUCUGCUGUUGCACAGUUCCAAAAUUGGUUGUUACAAGAGGACACCCAAUCUUAUAAAAACCAAGAGGGAUUAAUAAGGCCCAGAUACUUGGAUAUGAUAAGCAGGAAAUUACAACAACGUGAGCUCACAUCAGAAGAGGAGCGGCUACUGUGGAUGGACAGAGAAGAAAGACGACAGCGGGAACAAACAAGAAGGAAACUUAGUCUUCGUAAAAAAAUUGAAGAGGAAUGGAAGACAAAAGAGAUGUUGCUUCUGACAAAAACCAUAGAAGAAGCUAAAAGAGAAGCUAGGAUAGAGGAACAGCGGCAUAGAAGCAGAGGAGAGAGUGCCAAGAAGAAACAACCCCUUUUAGAGAAGAAAAUGGCUUAUCAUUUACAGAAAAAGCAAGAAAAUAGCUUCCAAAGACAAGAGAUGGGAAAAAAUACACCUGAUUGCAGAGGACAAGAUGGAAUGCAUUGUGAGUGCAAGAACAUUAAAAGUUGAUGUGGUUCUGUAGAAAGUGCUUUUCUAUGUAUUUACAUUAAAAUUCUUCUGUAAAGCUUU